GACAUAUUGAGCAGUCCUCGCUAUUUUAAAGGCACAUAAUUCAGCCAUGUGAAGUGAAUCUGCCAAAUUUGCAGUCACACACACAUAAACCAAACGAAAAUGCGCGUCAGAAGGCUGUCAUCGGGUUCAUCAUCCUCCCUUUAGGGGGCGGUGUGCGCCUCUCACGUCGCGAGUAACACGAAGAAGAAGAAGAAGACGGUGGGCGGGAAACACAAAUAUGAGUGAAAUCAAUAUAAUUUUAUUCUCCGGAUUUUAAAAAGUAAAAACUACCCAACAUGGUUCAAGAGUUUCAUGUUCUGAGAUGUUUUUCCUGUCAAACCUUUCAAGUUCAGCAGGUGAAGAAGAGUAAGAAAUGGGUGUGUAAAGUGUGUGGUGAGAAGCAGUCGUUGAUGAAGGAGUUUGGCCGGGGCGCCGCAGCCGACUGCAGACGUCAUGUUCAGAAGCUGAAUGCUCUGCGUGGACGACUGCAGGAGGUCAGCAGUGAGCGGCUGGUGUCACAGUGGGAACAGGAUGACGAGUAUGAGAAUGAAGAUGUUCAUGAAGGUCUGGAUCAAGAUCAGAUGGAUAAGUCAGAGCAGGAAGUGGCUCAUGUCAGCCGCUGGAGUAAAUACACUGAUUCCUCAGCUGAGGGUCCAGAUGAACAUGAAGAUGAGGAAGAAGAACAGAAUGUUUAUACAGAAAGACCCCAAUUCAGAAGCCAAGGAACCAGAAAAAGGAAGAAAAUCUCCACUUUAAAGUCUUUUGCUGGCCCUAAUGAUGGCUGUGAGGAUGAGGAGUCUCGGACUGGUUGUUCUGGGUUUAAGAGGCCGUAUCUGCACGACAGGAGGUUCAGUUCAGCCUGGAAUAAAGGAUUUGCUUCCUGCAGCAGGUCAGAUGAUGUGGACCUGUGCAGUAGCCCAAAUCUCCCAUCAUCCCAUCAGGCUGUGUGCAGUUACCCUACAGCCGGCUCCAGUUCCACAUACACAGAGGAAAACUCUAGAAAUAAACAGCAAUGCAACUCUUCACAUAAUCUACCAGCUGUCGACAUAACCAGACAUAGCGAAAGUCCUUCUGUUUCUUCUCGUCAGAAGUUUGGUGAAACUAAGAUUGAGAAAGACUCCAAAUGGAAUAAAUUCCUCACUCAGCGGGAUGAGGAAGAGUAUGAUUAUCAAGCUCAUAAUCUCUCUCAUUACAAUGACAACACAGUGACGCCUUAUUUCACAGAAGCAGAAGACUUGGGUGUGGGUUGUAAUGAGCGCAGAUAUCCAUCGGAUGAAAAGGUAAACAGUGGUGUUUGUGUGGAUGGAAAUGUAUCCAAGAGUCACACCUCCAGGCCUUCAGGUUUUGAAAACCUGGUCUGUGAACAGCCUCCACAGGGAAAGACGCCAUGUUCAAAGCUUUCUUUCAACUCCCUGUUCCUUACCGAUGAAGACUUUGAUGACACGUUUUAAGAAUAUUUUAAAUGUUUUCUUUCAAGGACGUCUAACGAACAAAGUUGUAUGAUGUUACAAUGUUCUCCUCAAUAAAUAUAAAAAUGCAUUGGUA